GUAACGCUCAUCUUUUCAGACACUCAAACUAGUACUUGCGUUUAAAUAGGUAGUUUAUCAUCUAAACUAAUUACCUAUGUGAUGAAGUAUAUUGAAUAAAAUCAUAAUUUUUAUAUUUUGUCAUAAAACAGUUGUAUUGUAGUCUCGAAUAAUCAGAUUCAUUUUAAUAUCAUUUCUGAUUUUAAGUAAACAACUUUAAGGGUAAACAAAUAUUAUUACAAGUUUAAAGGCAUUCAAAUCCUGAACUCAAUGUACAUUUCACAAUGCAAAAUACACAGCAAAUACCAGAAUCCAGAAAAUGCGAACCAGCAAAAUACGCGUAUAAAAAAUUGUCUUAUUCAGAGGAAUUUGAAGUAAUACAAUCCUUACGCAAAGAUAAGGUUUUCUGUGAUAUUAAACUAGUAACAGUCGAUGACAAAAUAUUAUUCGCACAUAAAGUGGUUUUAGCAUCGGCUAGUCCAUAUUUCCAUGCAAAGUUUACUAAAUGUUCAGAAAGAAAUCAUAUUGUAAUGAAACAGUUAGAUUCAACUGCUUUAGAACUGUCAGUAAACUUCAUUUAUUCUGGGGAAAUUGUGGUCACUGAAGAAAAUGUUCAGGCUUUGUUAGCAGCAGCAAGUCUCUUGCAGUUACGAGAAGUAAAAGAGGCGUGUUGUGAUUUUUUAAAUUCCCAACUCCGCCCUACAAAUUGUAUUGGUAUAACCGCAAUAGCUGAUAAAUAUAGCUGUACAAAAUUGUUAACAAGUUCAGAAUUAUAUAUACAAGACCACUUUUCGGAAGUUGUUGACGGUGACGAAUUUACGUCCUUAUCUCCCGAACAAGUGGUUGAGUUGAUCUCCAGUGAUAAAAUUACAGUUCCAUCUGAAGAAAAAGUAUUUGAAUGUGUUAUUCGUUGGGUAAAACACGAACUGGAUUCAAGAAAAUGUAUUUUGCCUCAACUGAUGGAACACGUACGUUUACCGUUAACAUCGAAACAUUACAUAUUAAAAAAAGUAGCUGAGGAACCACUUAUUAAGAAUUGUCUUAAAUGUACAGAUUACGUAAUGGAGGCAUUAAAUUUUCAUAUACUCAAUUCAGAAGAGCUCAUUCCACAAAAUGUACGGAAUACACCCAGACAUGGAGAUAAACUUAUAUUAGUGGUCGGUCAUGAUAAUGUGAUUAAUGAGUCUAUAUUUGGAAAAAGAACAGGAUAUAACUUUAUAGCUAUUAAUACUACAGAAUGGUUCGACCCAAAAAUUAAUCAAUGUCUUAAUGGACCAGAAAUGAUAAAAAGAUGUCGUGGGGCUGGUCUAGCAGUAGUGAAUGAAAAUUUCGUGUUUGCUGUGGGUGGUGUUGAAAGUUUUAGUACAUUUCUUCGGUCGGUUGAAAUACUAGAUUUAUCUUCAGAAUCACCUAGUUGGAAAUCAAGUGUUCAUAUGUUAGUCGAACGAAAUUUUCCAGGAGUUGGUGUAAUUAAUAAUUAUCUAUAUGCCGUUGGUGGACAUAAUAAGAGUGAUUCUGCAUUAGAUAGUGCUGAAGUUUUCGACUACAAUACUCAAGAAUGGCGUAUGGUAUCUAGUAUGUGUACUAAAAGAUAUGACUUUGGGGUCGGAGUACUGAAUAAUCUUUUAUAUGCGGUAGGAGGAUGUGAUAAACCAUUUCAGGCCUUAGACAUUGUUGAAUGUUAUCAUCCCAGCCUUGAUACAUGGACAACAGUCGCAAAAAUGUCUGUACGGCGCAGUCAGGUUGGUAUAGGAGUUUUAGACGGUGUACUGUACGCUGUAGGUGGUUGUGAUGGAUCAAAAACUUUGAGUAGUGUUGAAGCAUACAGACCAAGUACAGGAGUUUGGACAACUAUUGUUGAUAUGCAUUUGCCUCGACGACGCGCAGGUGUAGUUGCAUUAAACGGUUUAUUGUAUGUCGUCGGUACAAGAGGACAAAACGAAACUUCUACUGAAAAUUGUACAGAAUAUUAUAACCCGAAAACCAAUACCUGGACGAUGGUAACAGCGUCAAUGAAUUAUAACCGGAAUCCAGUUGGAGUAGUAGCCAUUAAUAGACCACAAUAUUUAAAAAAAUGUCAGCAUUCAUGAUUCUUUUUUUUUUUGCUACAAUAUACAUAUUAUAAGUGUUUUCUUAUAUGGUAUUAGUUAUAUAGUCUUAAUUGAUUUUCCAUUCAUUUGACUGUUGUUAAUUAAUAUGUUAUUAAAAUAUUUUAUAUUAUAUUUGAUUCAUAUUGCCAAG